AUGAUUAUACUGACACUCUUGCUUGGUCAAGUGUGUCUUAAACGGGAUAUUGAUGUUCUAUUUGAUAAAAACAAUUUUCUAGUAGUGAAAAAUCAAACUCAAACAAAGUCGAACAACAAAUUUAACGCAUCUCUAAAGGCCGCCAUGUCGGGUCAUUUUGCUCGCUUAGUGUCUAGAAGAUCUCUGACAACAUCUCGAAUCUUGUUGCAACAGGUAAAACCAACUUCCCAGCCUGUUGUUUCCAGUUGUCCAGCUGGCACCCCAUUGAACUUGCAAAUUAAAAAAUCUGGCAAGGAACCGGUAGCUCUCGAAGACCACGAGUAUCCAGAAUGGCUAUGGAGUGUCCUGGACUCUAAAGCACAGCUCCAGAAACUAGAACAAGACCCUUUGAAACUUCGCAGAAAACAACUACGGUCUGCUAAUCGCGACAAGAUUAAGCAGAACAAUUUCUUAUCAGAAAUAUGA